AUUGGAUCAUUUAAUGUUGAGGAGUCUUUUAAUAUUGGACGUUACGCGAUAACAAUAGAGUGUGUUGGUGCUACAUAGAUAUUUUGAUAUUGCUGUUCAGUCGUAGAUAAAAAUAACUUGAUUUAACUCGAUAUCCUAUAAAUUUUAGUUAGUGAACGUAGAAGCCCUUUGCUGUUUCUGAUUAUCAUGAAUUCACAAUCUCUUGAAGAAAACGACAUUUUACAUAAUUCAUCAUAUGCAAAUUGUGACAUCAGAAAACGUCAACGGUCUGAUAAGAUUUCAAAUCUUAUGGGUCAGUAUCUUUUGAAAGGAUGGAGAAUGUUAAACGAAUCUUGUCCUAAAUGUGAGACUAUUCUUUUCCAACAACCAAAUGGUCAGUAUUACUGCGUAGCUUGCUUAGAAGUUGAUCAGGAAAAAUCCAGUUCUAUUAAAGAACCAUUGUUAGAUAGCCAACACUUACUGAACAAACCACAAAAUUUCUCGACAGCAUCGUCACCAUUUCGUAGUGAUGUUGACACUGGUUUACCAAAGAAAUCCACUGAUGCUCAGAUGAAACCGCUUUCCGAUAAUAAAAAAACUUCAACAAAUGCAUGCAGUGAAAUUAGUAUACUAACAGAACUACGUGAAAAAAUCCAUUGGUCUAUGUCUCAAUUGGUGGAGACUACUACACCUAUGGAAAUCCGGCAAUGGGUGGAUACACUCAAGUCUUUAUUAGAUCUAUGGGAUAAAUUGUUAAAAUCUAAUUUUGUCAAGUCCUAAUAUCAAGAAAGCCAUAUCAUAAAUGCAAGCCGAUACUAAGUGUAUUUUUCUGAAUACAGUUUUACUAAAAAUUUAACAAGAUUAUUUCUUCCGUAUUUUGUUAUUGUACUUUUUACUUUACAAAUUUUGUGCGAUUUCUGACUGAUAUAGUUUCAUAGAACACUAAUCCGCAUUUUUAUACUACUCUGAUGUGAUCAAUAAUGCAUGUGUGACCUUGAGGAAAACUUAUUUUUAAGAAAAAUUUCAUUCAUCAAUAAGCUUGAUUAGUGUAGAUCAUACUCUUCUGUUCAAAAAAUAUUUACUUCGUCCGGGAUUUUAGAGCGAAAAAACUCAUAGAAAUACCUUAUAAUGAUGUAUUCGUUCUUGUGAGUCUCACUUGUUAAUAAUGCA